GUCUGGUCCUACGGCUACACGUUGCUUGUGUGAGACAGGGUAGUCCUCCGGAUGAACGCUUGAUUUUAUGAAGCUGGUUUGUAGUAUUGCUGCUGUAUUAGUAAAUACAUCUAGAGGAGUUCACGGUUCAGUCGCAGCUCGUCGGAUCAGUGCAGAGAUGUUUAAAGAGCUCAAGACAAAAGUAUUGCGUCUGUUACCGCCGACCUCCAACGGACCGACGGUCCAUCGGGACGAGACAGAUGGUGCUGAAAUCCUGAGUUGCACAGUAAAGGCCCUGAAAGAGGGUCACAUUGUUGCGGUGCCCACAGAUACCAUCUAUGGCCUGGCAUGUCUGGCCCAAAACUCCGACGCCGUCAGAAAAACGUAUGACACUAAAGGACGAAACGGACAGAAGCCGCUGGCCAUCUGUGUAGGGGAAAUUCAGGAUAUCUAUAAGUACUGCAAGGUGAUGGUGAAAAAAGAGCUGUUAGGUGACCUGCUCCCUGGUCCUGUCACCCUGGUGUUUGAAAGGUCUGAAGAACUGAACGCAGACCUGAACCCCUUUACAUCACUUGUAGGUGUACGUAUCCCAGAUCAUCCCUUUAUGAGGCAACUUUGUCAGAUGUGUGGGGAACCACUGGCACUCACAAGUGCCAACAUCAGCUCACAGACCAGCACAGUGGAAGUACAUGAGUUCCAGGAGCUCUGGCCCAAACUAGCUGUGGUUGUUGAUGGUGGACCGAUAGGAGACCAGAGCCGCCUCGGAUCAACAGUAGUCGACCUGUCAGUACUUGGCAAAUACAGCAUCAUCAGACCAGGGUGUGCCCUUUCUUCUACGGUUGAUGUGCUCGAGCGCAAAUAUGGACUGUCAGAGCACUCUGGGUAAGAAUGACCUUUGAACUCUCCACACUCCAAAAAUCACGCACAACCAGCUCUGACCCGGGGCUACUUGGGAGAAGAUGAAUCCGUGAAUCAGCCUUUGCCGGGGAAGACUGUAUCUCAGGAGGACUGCAACUGCUGAUGGACGAUUUUGUUCCAGUGGCAGCUUCAGUGUCUUGGGUAUCUUUCCUUAUGUCUUAGAUGAGCAUAUUUUGUAUGUUUCUGUCAUUACAUUAUUUGGGAAUUUAAGCUUUAAACUAUCAUUUAUACAGAAAAAGGUCAGCUGUAUAGUACUUUAAGUAAUGUGGUCAUGGGAGAAAGAAUGGUUUGAGCCAGCCUUUUUGCAACACGAUCAGAGCUGUAGUAAACACAUUUUAAUGGUCUGAUUGAAUCUGUGUGAUAAAUUAAAUCAACUUUUUAUUUAAGGGGGCUGUAAACUGUUUUCUGUUUGUUUUUUCUGUUUGUUUGUUUGUUUGUUUUUUAAUCCUCUUUUUUUAUGACAGCGUGAAGAUUGCACUUCAAUUGUUAGCAUCAACACUUACAGUAAAUCCUGUUUUACAUUGUAGACUUCUAAUACUGGCACAUUUGAGUUGUUUCGGUUGGCACAUGGAUAUAAUUUGUAGAUUUCCUCUCAUUUGAAUGUUAAUAAUUGGAGUACAUGAUUAAAUCUUCAGUGUCUGAUUGGACCUUGAUUAACAGAUGGUACAACAUUGGCAAAUCCACAAUAAAAUUAUAUAUUUUUUCCCAGUCUCACAGUUUCGUCCAUGCACAAGAAGCUAUCUGAGAUUUAUUUCUGUCUUUAUCCACUGGUGUCUGGAUUUUCACUCAAAACAGCUUCUUAAUGGAGGGUGAAAUCAAUAGAGCAAUGUUAAGUGUUUAAAAAGGAGCAGAAACCACUUACUGGCAACCUGGACAGGGAAAUCAACUUCGGAUCAUUCAGAGAACGCACUUUUAUUCUCAAAGACGCCUGUCUCUGCGAAACCUUUCAUUUUAAAAGCUAUCAGAAUCUUAAUCAAGUCUAUACAGAUUGUGCCCCAGAGUGCCCCAGUCAGUGGGCAGGUUUAUAUUCAUUAAUGCGUUCAAUCACUUUGAGCCAUAGACUUUCAUGUCCUGACUUCUUGCUUCAGUGGAGAAAAAAAAAAGCAGAGUCCCAUAUGCUUACAGUGAAGUCUUUUCAUAUAGGAAUUACCCAAUCUUCAAUUGUAUUUGGGUAGAUAUCGGGUCUGUGGUGUAGUACUUGACACGUUAUAUGGGAAAGAUCCCCAGCUUGAGACAAAGAGGAGACACAAUCCCAGCCUCGGGGACUCACAAGCUUGUGCUGAUGAAUGGGAGGGUUGUGUUAAUAGUACCUAGAGUAAAAUCUGUGCCAGAGGCCUCAGGAAAUAAAGGAGCGGUUGAAAUUACCCAAUUUUAUUUGGGUAGAUCAGAAAUGAGUAUUCUUGGUAAGUUAGUUUGUUGGUGAAGGAUGGCAAGAGUAAAAGAGUUUAUGAGAUGGUAGUGAGACCUGUUGUGAUAUAUGGUUUAGAGACAGCGGCAAUAACGAAAGGGUAAGUUGUCACGCUGGAGGUGGAGUAAAAGAUGUUAAGAUUUUACUGGCAGAAUGGGACAGGAUUAGAAAUGAGGAUAUCAGGGUGACUCUCAGUGUGGAGGCAAGGUUAGAGAGGCGAUGGUGGAUGUGCUGGACGAAGGAUGCUGAAGAUUGAUGCUUUCAGGCAGGAGGACGUGCAGAUGGUUGGCGUGACAGAGAAAGAUGUUAGAGAUCGAGUGAAAUGGAUGCAGGGGAUCUGCUGUGAGAAACUGUCAUGUUCUGUUCUUUUUACAAGUUGAGCUAACAUGCUAUAAUGUUCCAAAUUUAGCUUUACAAAUUAUGUCUUUUUCAGUUUUUUUCUCUCUCUAUGCAAAGCCAUCUUUCCUGCCUUUUCCAGCUUUCUCUUUACUGAUUUUAAUCUCACAACAAAAAGCUCCAAAUAUUAAAGGAU